CCCCCUGAACGGUUCUUGGUUCUUGCUCACCACCGUCAACUGGACCUCGUGGUCAUCCCCUCUCACAGUCAGUCAUUCUUUUACUAAUUCUGUUCUUUCGCUCCUUCAUCAAGUUCUACGUUGCGCCUUGCUUUUUGGCCUUUGCCUGUCGCCGUUGAUUCAGUGCCGGACCCACCGUAGGCGCGAUCAAACGCGUAUUGCGCGUAUCAACUCUGGAUACAACCAACCCUACUCCCAGAAACCCUGCUGGAUCAGGCGCAUAGCUUCCAUCAUGAGGAACUUGCAAAGAGUGGCUGUCCCCAGGCCUCUAUAUGUUCCGUCGCUCUUCCGAAGCAGCAUUCUAGCACCCAGACGGUCGAAUUGCCGUCCAUUCGCCCAACAAUUUGGCCCGACAAGCAAUAUCCCAGGUACCGACCAAGAAGAUGAAGAAAGGCCAAAAGCUUCGAAUCCCGGAUCAGAACCCAAAAGUCGUCUGGGACCUACCAUGUCCCGGGCCUUUGAAGCGGCCAUGACAACAUUUGCAUCAAUCGCCGUUCUUGGCCUGGCUGGGUACUCGUAUCACCUUUACUACAAGUCUCUGGUGCUGCGCAAGAUAGAAAAGGCCUUUGCCCCAGGCGACCCGAUGCUUGAACUUGCAUCUCCAGCUGAACCUCACGCGCCUCCACCAGAAGAAUCAACCGACGAAUCCGACCACUGGAUAGCCCGACCCGAGCAGACCAAGAUUAAUGCUAUUGUUAAUGGGGAAUCAAAAGGGAGAUAUUAUCUCCUCGUUGGCGAAAAGGGCACCGGAAAGUCCUCGAUGCUGCUGGAGGCAAUGAAGGAGAGAAAUGGGGAGGGUGUCUCCAUGUUCGAAGCUCAUGCCGACCUCGAAAUCUUCCGCAUCCGACUCGGAAAGGCACUGAACUACGAGUUCCAUGAGGAUUACAUCGGGUCGUUGUUUUCGAUCCGCGGCCCACGAGACACCACCGCGCUGCUUGACAUUGAACGGGCAUUCAACAAGCUUGAGAAGGUCGCUCUGGCAAACAGGAACCGGAUAGGCAAAACGGGCCGCAAAGGCCCUUUCAUUCUCAUCGUCAACUGCGCGCAUCUCAUCCGCGACAAUGACGACGGGAACGACCUGAUUGAACUGAUGCAGCAGCGAGCCGAACAGUGGGCGGCCGCCAAUCUUAUCACCAUGGUCUUCAAUUCCGACGACUUUUGGGUCUACGAGCGCCUCAGGCGCUAUGCGACGAGAAUGGAGGUGAUUCCAAUCCUGGAUCUCCCAAAGACUCGCGCCAUCGCCGCAUUGGAACGAUACCGCGCCAAGUACUUCCCCGAACAGCAACGGGACCCCGAAAUCCUCAAGCAAGUCUACGACCUGGUGGGCGGCCGGCUCAAUUUUCUGAACCGGGUCGCCAAAAGCUCCGACAUGUUGAAAAUGUGUCGACAGAUCAACCAGUCGGAGAAGACAUGGUUCUUGAACAAGUGUGGUAUCCUGGGUGAGGAGAUGGACGACGAUGUCAUGGACCAGCAGAAAUAUGCCAGCGCUGCCAUGGUGCUGGCGAGGGCGCUGGUGGAAAGAGAAAAGGACAUGGAGUCGAGCUACCACGACGAGCACGGGCACAUUCUGCCGCAAAUUCCUCUCUACAUUGCUCGUCAAAUCAUGACUCGGGCGGAUUUCAUUCAGAGCUACGACCAUGAGAAUAUCUUCACCAUCGACAGCAGUGCCAUGGUCCGCGCGGACAGCGUGCCCAUGAUGAACGCCUUCAAAGAGAUCUGUGCGGAACCGGGAUUUAACGACUAUCUCGAGGCCACGCUGGACCGGAUCUCAGCCAUUGAAAGCAUCAACAGGACCAAGGAACUAACCUUCAAAGAUUUGUGGUUAGAACAAAAAGGAGAACAACGGGGCAAAUACUCAUUUGUUACAAAAGAUGCGCGCGGCCGGGAGACUGGCACCAUUGAAAUGCGAGUCCACCCAGAUAACCCACCCGAGGAAGAUGACGACUAAGGACUAGGAGAGUUGACAAAGACACCCACCAAUAUCUUACCUUCCUCUCUUGGCCCAAAGAGGUUCGCUCAAUCUCCAUUCCACUUCGGUUCCAAGCAUGCCAUGCACUGCCGAACCAUGUCGUGAGGGUACCGAAUUCCGUCCCAGUCACUGUCCUCCCAGGUGCGAAUCAAACCGAGAUAGUCGACACCGCAGCCUGGGCAGAAAUUCCUGUUUCUGCGCGCGUCGUUAAUCCAUCUUCUUGAGCCUCCAGCGAACGGGUGUUGGCUAUGGUCGCGAACGAAGACCAGUCGUUCCGCUUCCAGGGCCAUCAAAUUGUCGCGGGCAGCGGUGGAGAGCGUUUCAUGCAGCGUUCUCCUGCAACUCUCGCACUGCCAUUGGGAAUCGGGUUGGUCAACGACGUCGCCGCCGUGCUUGAAGUCACAUCGGCAUGGCUCCCCAGUUCGGGCUCCUGGGUGGUCUCGAUGGAAACGCCAGCCGCAAGGCCGGCAGUAAUGGAGUUCAUAGGCUCCCUCGGCCCACCGGCUGCCCUGCGCGAACAUGACACAAUAGGUACAAACGAGCUUGCCACAGCCAGAGAAGCCGCCUUCGCUCUUCCAGGUCCCUAAGCCAUGGCAGGGUUUGACGACCAACCUGUCAGAAGGGAUACCGCAAUCGUCGCAUGGGAUGGCCUGCACACCUGCGAAAUAGGGAUCUUUAGUAUCUGCCUCGGUACGGUCAUAGGGGUAUGGCUUCAACUCCUGGGCGGUGGUCUUGCAAGUCAUGCGGAGUCGAGCGUAAUCGUAUCUGUCAAGAAUACCGGAUUCGCGCAAGCCAUCUACGAAAGGGGCGACCCGAUUGAAGACGCUGAGGAAGUCCGGCCUUGGUGCCGAGUAAAUUGGAUAGUCACCGGGACUGUUGGUUGUGGUCAGCAAGGAUCCGGUCAGGUCAUGGUGGUGCUGCUUACCUGGGGAUCCCUCACCAUAUUCGAACAUUAUAGUGUCAUUCUUCGGAUCUGCCAUGUUUGUCAUUCUUCUUCUUUCUUUCUACAAUAUGACUAAAGAUGCGACCGAGAUGAGAUGGGAAUUCUUGACAGAAUAUAUACGCCUGUUGGGAACAUGAUUUGAUUGUCUGGCAGAUAGCAUAACCAGCGAUCAAAAUACAAUGGCAUUGUGCCCAGCUUUUGACACGAAUCUCGAUAGAGGAAUAAAGAGCC